UAGUCCUCAAUGAGCCUCACUGUUUGGCUUGGUUUGACAAGUUUCCCUGGGUCAUCAUGGAGGUAGACGUGAGCAGUUAGUUGACAGAUCAAUAAAAAGUUGGAGUUACCUUACCUCGCGCGUGUUUCGAGUUGACCUGGAAGCUGGCACUCCGGCAAAUGUAGGGACGUGAGAAGUCUCUGAUUUUUCCAUCUGUGUGCGUUUAGUUAACCAGUCAAGUGUAUUUGCAAGCCAGGACGAGAGUGAAAAUGAACAGCCUGUCUUUUGACGAUCCUUCAUUGGAUAAUCUGGAUCCAUCUCUGUCGCUUAAUGACCCCAGCGAUAUUGACACGGCCCUGUUAAACGACAUUGAUGACAUGCUGCAGCUCAUCAACAACCAGGAUAUGGAGUUUGGAGGACUGUUUGAUCCCCCUCCAUACACAGGGCCUCCCCCAACCCAAGAGCUCCCUGCCCUGACUCAGUCCAUGUCUUCAGCUCCCCCUCCAUCCACCACUUCUACCCCUCCAUCUUCCUCCUCUUCCUCCAUCCUAAGCAGCAGCCCCCACCUGGAUGCACUCCUGGGGCCCCCGAUUACCCGUAGCUCCACCAGCCCAGACAAGGCCUUCCAACCCCCCACUUUCCAGCAGUCUCCCCUGGCCCAGGUGCCCAGCUCCAACCCUAGACAGCAACCAGCCUCUCCUCAGCAAGCUCCAGGCCUCAGGCAGCCUAAAGUGGAACAGCCCCAACCGAUUGUCAGCCCGCCUGCCCCAGCUCAAGCAGCCCCCCCUCACAGCCCACCUGGACAGAGCCCGGCAUUCAGCUCCGCACCCCAAGCCCUGUUCACCUCACCUGCACCUCAGCCCCAGCCACAACUUCAGGCCCAGGCUCAGUCGCAGCAGCAGGCCCGGGUCAACUACACCAGCCAGAGCACCUACACAGCUGUCAGUCAGGGUGGUGUUGGCCAACCAGUGCCGAGCUCGUCAUCCUCACCCUCCAGUGUUCAGCCAAUGGCCAUCCAGACUCAGAUCCAGGGGCUGACCACCACUUCUCCUCUGCUGGCCACUUCUGCAAGCCCACCAGCUCAAACCAUCGCACCCCAUGUACAGCAAGUACCUGUGCUGCUGCAGCCUCAGUUCAUCAAGGCUGAGUCUCUUCUGCUGACCACUCUGAAGCACGACCCCUGCAUGGUCACUACUGUGGCCUCUCCCACCUCUCUGGCCACCACCACCCCAGUACAGAGCACUUCACUGCAGGCCCUCAUGAGUGGCGGCACUAUCCUGACCACGGUACCUGUUAUGGUUGACGCUGAGAAGCUGCCAAUCAACCGCAUCGCCAUCAGCGGCAAGCCGGCGGGCCAGCCUCACAAGGGGGAGAAGCGCACUGCCCACAAUGCCAUUGAGAAGCGCUACCGCUCCUCCAUCAAUGACAAAAUCAUCGAGCUCAAAGACCUGGUGGCUGGCACUGAGGCAAAGCUUAACAAAUCAGCCGUGCUGAGGAAAGCCAUUGACUACAUCCGCUACCUGCAGCAGGCCAACCAGAAACUCAAACAAGAGAACAUGACUCUAAAAAUGGCUGCACAGAAAAACAAAUCUCUCAAAGACCUUGUUGCCAUGGAGGUAGAUGGACAGGCAGAGGUCAAGAGUGAGCUGCCCACUCCGCCAGCCUCUGACGUGGGCUCACCCACCUCGUUCUCCCACUGUGGCAGCGACUCUGAACCGGACAGCCCCAUGGGGGAAGACACCAAGCCGAACAUGGGCAUGCUGGACAGGUCAGCAGCGGGUGGCAGCGCUGGAGGGAUGUUGGACCGCUCCCGCAUGGCGCUGUGUGCCUUUACCUUCCUCUUCCUCUCCCUCAACCCUCUGGCUGCUCUGCUCUGUGGCUCAUCGGGCAGCAGCUCUCCCGGGGGAAGCACCUCUACCCACGGCACAGGCAGGAGCAUGCUGGGCCUGGAAAUUGCAGCAGACUCCUGGGGCUGGAUGGACUGGAUGUUGCCCACUCUACUGGUGUGGCUGCUCAACGGGGUUCUUGUGUCAGGGGUCCUGAUCCGACUUCUGGUGUAUGGAGAGCCUGUAACAAGACCCCACUCUGGAUCAUCUGUCCUGUUCUGGAGGCACCGCAAACAGGCUGAUCUGGACCUGGCUAGGGGAGAUUUUGCGCAGGCCAGUCAGAACCUGUGGACCUGUCUGAAGGCUCUUGGUCGACCCUUACCCACCUCCCAGUUGGACCUGGCCUGUGCCGCCCUGUGGGCCCUGCUGCGAUUCUGCCUCCAGCGCCUCUGGGUGGGCCGCUGGCUGGCUGCCAGAGCUGGUGGUCUACGAUCUGAUCGCCCCCUGCAGGAAGAUGCCUGUAAGAGCAGCCGUGACGCUGCUCUGGUUUACCAUCGCCUGCACCAGCUUCACAUGACAGGUAAGCUGAAUGGCAGCCACCUGUCAGCAGUACACAUGGCUCUCAGUGCGGUCAACCUGGCAGAGUGUGCUGGCUCCUGUCUGCCUGUGGCCACUCUGGCCGAGGUUUACGUCUCUGCAGCUCUGCGGGUCAAAGCCAGCCUGCCCAGGAUCCUACACUUCACAUCUCGUGUGUUUCUGAGCAGUGCCCGCCAAGCCUGCCUGUCGUCCAGCGGCAGCGUGCCUCCAGCUAUGCAGUGGCUCUGUCACCCACUGGGCCACCGCUUUUUUGUUGACGGGGACUGGGCUGUCCGCAGUACUCCCAAAGAAAGCAUUUACAGCCAGGCUGGCAACACAGUGGACCCUCUGGCCCAGGUAACCCAGGCCUUCAGGGAGCACCUGUUGGAGAAAGCUCUGUACUGUGUGGCUCAGCCUCGUGGAGAGAAGAGCACCAGCCAGGGAGAAGGGGAGUACGCUGAUGCUCUGGAGUACCUCCAGCUGUUGACCAGCUCAUCAGAUGCAGCCGGUGCCACCACCCAGUCCUUUGCCAUCGGCUCCAACAUGGCCACUGUGACUGGCUGUGACCCCCACUCCAAGUGGUGGUCCUCUGUCACUGUGGUGAUCAUCAACUGGCUCCAAGGAGAUGACGCUGCAGCAGAGAGACUGUACCCAGCCGUGGAGCACCUGCCCCGCAGUCUGCAGAACGUAGAGAGUCGUCUGCCCAAGGCGUGUCUGAACACGUUCCGGGCGGUGCGCGCCCUGCUGUCCAAGCCAGAAAACUGCCAGCUGAGUCUGAGCUACAGCGACAAGGCCAGCGUCCUGCUCCGAGACAGCCUCAACCUGGGACCACACUGCCACAGCUCCAGCAUAGACAAGGUUGUCCAGUUGCUGCUGUGUGAUCUCCUGUUGGUGAUGAGGACCAAUGUGUGGCGUCUGCAGCAGCAGGGGGCCAGUCCAGGGGGACUGGGGGUGGCAGGUGCCAGUGGUCCUGUGGGGGUCCAUCAGGCCUCACCGCCGGAGCUCCAGGGCUUCCAGCAAGACCUCAGCUCCCUACGCAAACUGGCCCACAGCUUCAGGCCUGCUAUGAGAAGAUUGUUCCUGCAUGAAGCUACAGCCAGGCUGAUGGCAGGGGCCAGUCCCACUCGCACACAUCAGCUCCUGGACCGCUCACUACGACGCAGAGCAACGCCUGGAGCUAAGACAGAGGAGUGCGAGACGCGGCCUGGCCAGCGGGAACAGGCGGAGGCAGUGAUGCUGGCGUGCCGCUACCUGCCUCCCUCCUUCCUGUCAGCGCCCGGCCAGAGGGUGGGCAUGCUGGCCGACGCAGCACGCACCCUGGAGAAGCUGGGAGACAAGAGGACCCUCCACGACUGCCAGCAGAUGAUCAUCAAGCUGGGCAGCGGCACCACUGUCACCUCCAGCUAGACAUCUGAGGGAGCCGAGAGACCCCCACAGACACACACACACAGACACACACAAACACACACUGUAUAUAAGAGACACAUACAGAAACUCGCAGUUUGAUCCGCAAAUGCAGUUGCAUAAACACAAACAUACAGUCUCUGGCAUUUUGGCCUGCAGCUAAUGGACACAUUGAUGGACUCUAGAGAUUAAUAUCAGACAAGCAGAAGUUCUUGCCAUGACUUUUCAUUAUGCCCCGCCCCUUCCCUCCAUAUCAGUCAGAAGUCAGCUCAACAUUUCACCCCUCUCUUUCCCCCCAGUAAAGUGUUUUUAGUUACACUGUUGCUACAGUUUGUGAUUUAAUGUAAUUAUUUGCUAUACCCAGAAUGUAUUAUGCAUUUUUCUUUCUUCCUGAGCUGAAUUCCCUCGUGAGAAUGCAUUGCAGUGCCAGAGUUUGACCACAGAGAGGUGCCACCACAGUGUGAAUGCCAGUGUGAAUACGUGCGUGUAGGGAUGUGUGUCCACCAUUAAUUUCGUAACAACAGACCCCAUUGUUUUUGAAGACGAUGCACCUUAUGCAGGCAGAAGGAGGGGCGAGCUGUUCUGAUUGGCUGCACGCUGAGGUGUCUUGUGUCAGUGGGAGGAGAGCGACCAAACUCAGAUUGGUCAGACUUAGGGCUUGCUCAGUGGGAGGCCACUGACAAGGUUGUUGUUCAUGUAGCGCUGUUGCAUGUGGAACUAUGUCAUGUUACAUUUGUGAUUUUGACAACUGUAGAUGUGUGAUGAUCUGAGAGGUUGCAACCCACUGUACAAGCCCCAUGUCUCUUAUCUGCACUAGCCUUGCAAGGCUGAUUUUAAUGAGUUAAGAAAAUAUGGCUUUAUGCAGUUAUUUUCAUAGUUUUUGUUUUGUUUUGCUGUGUAUAUAUUUUUAACUGUAUUUAUAAUCUGUAAGAACAUGGAUUGAUCAGUAUUUUACAUCAGUCGAGUGAUACAUACUUCUUGCCACAUGCCCCCUUGUAUUUUGUAGCAUUUGAGCAGGCCCCAGUAAUGCAGGUAUUGUAUUGCCAUGGUGAUGAGCGUCAAAGUGGAGACGUGUCAGUGUCAGGAGGACACGUGCAUCACAUCGUCCGAUUCAGUUGACCCUUUGUGCUGUUGCACAAGUUGUGCAACCACAAUAUCAAAUCGAGUUGGCAGUGUCCGAUUUUAACAUCACCAGCUAAUGACUUGAACAGUAAUGUGAACCUUUGUCCCUUUUGCAACAAGUUACACAAGUCACAUGGACAAUUUCAAAAUAAUUGACAUAUUUCCAAAGAGGGCCUGUGGUUAAUCUUCCCCUGGUUUUCCCUUGUAGCUCCAACAAUAAGAGCACCAUUUAUCCUUUCAUUCAUGUGAGUUUCAUGCUUUUAGAGAACCACCUUUUAUUGUAUUUAGAAGACUGUAAAAAAUACUUUUGGAAUCUUUAGCAUGUCUUUUUUUUGUCCCAGGACCAGUAUGUAUUAUAGAUCGUCAUAAUUUUGAAAGACUGGAAGACGCUGGUUUGAGAUGGCCUCAUGGGAAGCAACUGCGUCAAAUGUAUUGUUUAUGUAUUCUGACACCCACUUCUUCCUGUCUUCGCUCCUUGAUGUUUGGUUUAUUCCAUGAUGAUGUAAAUAUAAAAAAACAUUUUGUAAAGAAUA